CUGCAUCCGUGAAAUGCUGAUGCCGGUUUGAAGUUCAGUUCAUGGCGAGAGUUUGGUCAGUGCGUUUAUUCGUUCCAUGUAUUCUUCUCUACCGAAUGACGUGCGAACUCUUGUCGUUGAAUCUCUGUCACGAUUUUUCCAUGAAACAGUCCUAACAAGUACAGAACACCACCAUGCUAAUACGUACUCGUAAACAGGUUAUGCCAAUCAACGAGCGUGAUCGAAAUUUCCAGAAAGAAAAUGACACGCACCAACAGCGAAUUUUUUGGAGCGGAAGCUAAUGGACAUUCUGCGUGAUAUUCUCUGCAUUGAAACAGGAUACUUGUUAUCGUAUUUACGCCUUGAAAAUGAUUGUGCAUUUCCUCCGGCGACGAUUAGUGUUACUACUUCCACGUCCAUUACGACGAUAAGGAGUAAUCGUAGUCUAUUUAAAAGUGUGAAACUUCUCUACUCGCUCAGUGCACAGACAGAAUGCUCGUUGAUGGGUCAAGUAGCUGGUGGCCCUUUAAUAAAUCGUCUAAACAUAAAUGGGGCACGAAGGCUGUUGGGAAACAUGUAGUGCUUUAACGGGUCACGUGUUCAGUUCAGUGACUCGUAAAACAACAAAAAUUCUCUCGGCGCGACAUUAAAACGUCGGUGAAAUUAAACUUGCGAAUUUUAUGCGUUCGGGUUAUGCAAUUUCCAUAGAAAAGCUAACGCACUUGACCAAUUCGCGUGUUCCAAUUGCAAUUGUUGUCUCGCCAAAGGGGUCGAGAAUGUUAGAAAAAAAUUAGAACGAACGACCACGCUAAAGAAGCAAUUGUGGAACGCUGGAAUUUUUAUUUACAAUUUUCGGUCGUUGCUCUUACUUCUUUUUUCUUUUUUGGUCAUUAAUUAAUGUAAUCUUCUUUUACAUCUUCGGGUUUAUAAAUAUGUUUUCGUUAUUAAUUACAAUUAUCGAAAUACGGGAGUACCGAGGUUAUCCGUGCUUGCUUACGUAUCCUUUCUGUUCACGAGUCUUGCAAAAAGUAUGAAGGCUAGUCGAGACUUUUCCUCCACUAACGCGCGAUAAAUUUCGCGGUCUAUCUGGGUAUAUAAACAGCUGAAAGGCUUUAGUUUCUUUCAGUUCUGCGCUGUAUCGCGAAUCGCAAAUGCUAUCAAUUUAAACAGGUAUUAGCAUUUGCUUUUAUUUCGUUUCUCAUAUUCAUGUUACUAUAGUAUAAUUAAAGACGAACGUGCCCGUGAGAAGCUCCGGCGCUGAGGUGAAAGUCCAUACUUUCACAGAUACUUCUCGAUCUAUAAUGGCUCCCGAUUCGAUAUUUCGAAAAUGGCAGUCAAGGGACGAUAAAUUGAACAAAUUAAGCAAAUUUGUUAGCAAACGCGUACCAAUUGUUCGUUGGCUGCCAACAUAUAACUCGGAUAAAUUAUUAAACGAUGCUAUUGCUGGAAUUACCGUCGGUCUUACUGUCAUGCCACAGGGGCUCGCGUAUGCGACUUUGGCGGGCUUAGAACCACAGUAUGGUCUCUAUUCUGCAUUUGUGGGAGCAAUGGUAUACAUAAUAUUCGGGUCGUGCAAGGAUAUCACAAUUGGACCAACUGCACUUAUGGCACUGAUGACACACGAGUAUGUGCAGGGUAAAAACGCCGAUUUUGCAAUACUACUUGCAUUUCUAUGCGGGUGUUUGCAAAUUUUGAUGGCUUUCCUACGUUUAGGAGUACUUAUAGAUUUCAUAUCAGUACCAGUCACAGUUGGUUUCACAUCUGCCACAUCCGUUAUAAUUGUGGCUUCACAGCUCAAAGGACUUCUGGGACUAAAGAUCUCCUCUCAAGGAUUUUUGGACACUGUCACCAAAGUGUUCAAAAAUAUUCAUAAAACUAAUCUAUGGGAUACUGCAAUGAGCGUCUCUUGUAUUGUUAUCUUAUUAAUAUUUAGGAAAAUGAAAGAUGUCAAAUUUGGCUAUAAUAAUGAGAAACCGAACGACUACCACAGAAUAUUGACAAAAAUAAUAUGGUUGAUAUCUACAGCCAGAAAUGCUAUUGUCGUCAUUGUUUGUUCUGCUAUUGCGUAUAAAUUGAACUCGGAAGAGACUUCACCAUUUAUUCUCACUGGUACUGUAAGGUCUGGUCUUCCACAUAUUAAAUGGCCCCCAUUCUCCACUCAAAUUGGAAAUCGUACACUGAAUUUUUCCGAAAUGUGCUCGGAAUUGGGCGCGUCUAUAGCAUUGGUCCCUAUAAUCGGGGUUCUUGGCAACGUGGCGAUAGCAAAAGCGUUCGCAAACGGCAACAAGGUGGAUGCCACUCAAGAAUUAAUCGCACUAGGAAUCUGUAAUGUGCUCGGAUCUUGUACAAGCUCUAUGCCAGUUACUGGCUCGUUUAGUAGGUCUGCUGUAAAUCAUGCUAGCUCUGUGAAAACGCCAAUGGGUGGCUUGCAUACAGGAAUAUUGAUAUUGUUAGCCCUCAGUUUCUUAACGCCAUACUUUUACUAUAUACCGAAGGCUUCCUUGUCAGCAGUUAUUAUCUGUGCAGUGAUAUACAUGAUCGAAUACCAAGUUGUGAUGCUGAUAUGGAAAACUAGCAAAAAGGAUCUCAUCCCAAUGUUCGUCACAUUUUUAUUCUGUCUCAUUAUUGGAGUAGAAUAUGGAAUACUUAUGGGUGUAGGGACGAAUCUCAUAUUCUUAUUAUAUCCCUCUGCACGCCCAACGAUACACGUUGAUAAAUGCACCACUAUCUCUGGAGCCGAUUAUCUCCUGGUGACACCAGGAAACAGUCUUUACUUUCCUGCUGUUGAUUUUAUUAAAAAGUCUGUUGGCAAUGCAGGAAUAAAGCAGGGCUCGUGUCAAGUCCCGGUUGUCGUUGACUGCAGGUAUAUGUUGGGAGCGGACUUUACAGCUGCCGAGGGAAUCGCAAAAUUGAUCAACGAGUUUAACAAUCGGAAACAGGGACUCUACUUUUACAAUCCACGAUCGGAUGUUGUUGCAGUAUUGAAAGGAAUAUGCGGGGAAGAGUUUCAAUACAUUUCUACCCAAGAGGAAUUAUCGUACUUACUAUCAUCGCAUCAAGAGAAAACGUCACAACAACUUGUGGAAAUCAUACGUGACAAAUCGAACGAAUCUCCGACGCUAGGGAGUCUCGAAGUUACCCACCGAAAUGGACGCUCGUGUUACGAACUCAGCGAAGUUACGACCACUUUGUUGCAUGCUACAGCUAGUUAAAAACGAAGCGGCAGUGUUGUUAUCAUUGUCAAAGGUUUAAUUCAAUAUUUUUCUACCGGUUGAAAAUGUUACGUGUGCCUUUGACGAAACAAAGCAUAUAUUUUGUAGCAGAAAUUUGCCGAAUGUUUUUCAGUAUUAAGUAACUUUUUUAAUACUUUAAAUAAUUUAUUUAUUAUGAUGCAAGUUACUAGGAAAAUCACCGGUAAUAUGUAUAUUUUUUUGUGUACAUAAAUCCUAUACUGUUGUAUCUUUUGUUUUCUACAUAAUUGUUGUAUUAAUCGGAAAUAAAUACCAUGGAAUAGUUUUAGUUUCACUUA